AGUAACUCGACUAUCAUACACACAAUAUAUAAUCAUUAUUUUAUUAAUAAUAACAAACACCUAGUCAGUCAGUCAGUCAUUCAAUCAGUCAGUGUGUUAAUCACAAUUAGGAACCGACAUCCUCAUCACCACUGCCACCACACACAACCUCACAUCAACACCAAUCCAUCCAUCGCCAACACAACCACUACCACCAUCACCACUACCACCACACUCGAUCACUGCCAUCGCACUUUACAAUUGUGUGAUUGCAUUUGCCCGGACUUGGUUACCAUCCAUCGAUCACCAUCCACAGCAUUCAUUCAUUCAUUCAUUCGA